GGCAGGCAGGCAGGCAGGCAGUCGGCGGCGCAGGCUCCACGGUCGGCAUGUAGCAGCGGAGGGGCCGCCUGUCUUGGACUAGGAACAGAGGAAAACGCGUCGGAGAGCAAGCAACAGCCGUGGGAUUUAAUCUACAACCCGACGAGGAUGAGCCGCAAUUCGUCCGCUUGAAGGAAAUCAAAGCAACGCCGUUAUUCCUCUCAUCUAUCGCCGCUUUUUCGCAUAAAGAUGGCGAACGACUCCCCGGCUAAGAGCCUGGUGGACAUAGACCUGGCAGCCCUGCGGGAUCCAGCUGGGAUUUUCGAGUUGGUAGAAGUAGUGGGAAAUGGCACCUAUGGACAAGUGUAUAAGGGUCGACAUGUUAAGACGGGACAGCUGGCGGCCAUCAAGGUCAUGGACGUCACAGAGGAUGAAGAGGAGGAAAUUAAGCUGGAAAUCAACAUGCUGAAGAAGUAUUCCCACCAUCGAAACAUAGCUACAUACUAUGGAGCCUUCAUCAAGAAAAGUCCACCAGGCCACGAUGACCAACUCUGGCUUGUCAUGGAGUUCUGUGGUGCCGGCUCAAUCACGGAUCUGGUGAAAAACACCAAGGGCAACACACUGAAGGAGGACUGGAUCGCCUACAUCUCCAGAGAGAUCCUCAGGGGAUUAGCUCACUUACACGCUCACCACGUGAUCCACCGUGACAUCAAGGGACAAAACGUGCUGCUGACUGAAAACGCUGAAGUCAAGCUGGUGGAUUUUGGUGUGAGUGCUCAGCUGGACAGGACAGUGGGCCGAAGGAACACCUUCAUUGGGACGCCCUACUGGAUGGCUCCGGAGGUUAUCGCUUGUGAUGAAAACCCUGAUGCUACCUAUGAUUACAGGAGUGACCUGUGGUCCUGUGGAAUCACAGCCAUAGAGAUGGCCGAGGGAGCUCCCCCUUUGUGUGACAUGCAUCCAAUGAGAGCCCUCUUCCUCAUUCCCAGAAACCCUCCUCCUCGACUGAAGUCCAAAAAAUGGUCCAAGAAGUUCUUCAGCUUCAUCGAAGGCUGCCUGGUGAAGAACUACACUCAGCGCCCCCCCACCGAGCAACUCCUGAAGCACCCCUUCAUCCGGGACCAGCCCAACGAGAGGCAGGUCCGCAUCCAGCUCAAGGACCACAUUGACAGAACCAAGAAGAAGAGGGGCGAGAAAGAUGAGACGGAGUAUGAAUACAGUGGCAGUGAAGAAGAGGAGGAAGAAGCUUCUGAACAAGAAGGAGAGCCCAGCUCCAUAGUCAACGUGCCGGGCGAGUCGACUUUGCGGCGCGACUUCAUCCGGCUGCAGCAGGAGAACAAGGAGCGCUCUGAGGCCCUGCGCCGCCAGCAGCUCCUCCAGGAGCAGCAGCUCCGCGAGCAGGAGGAGUACAAGCGCCAGCUGCUGGCUGAGAGGCAGAAACGAAUCGAGCAGCAGAAGGAGCAGCGCAGGCGGCUGGAGGAGCAACAGCGACGCGAGCGCGAGAUGAGGAGGCAGCAGGAGCGCGAGCAGCGCCGACGGGAGCAGGAGGAGAAGAGGCGCAUCGAGGAGAUGGAGCGCCGUCGCAAAGAGGAGGAGGAGCGCAGGAGGGCUGAGGAGGAGAAGAGGAGGGCCGACCGAGAGCAGGAGUAUAUCCGGCGCCAGUUGGAGGAGGAGCAGAGGCACCUGGAGAUCCUGCAGCAGCAGCUCCUCCACGAACAGGCCAUGCUUCUGGAGUAUAAAUGGCGGGAGCUUGAGGAGCAGCGGCAGGCUCAGAAGCUCCAGAGACAGCUGCAGCAGGAGCAGGCCUAUCUGCUGUCCCUGCAGCAGAACCAGAACCAGAACCUGGACAGUAGUAAAACAAACCAGCAACAAAACACCAAAGCUCCACAGAGCCUCGAAGCGGACAGGGUAAAGCCCCUGCCGACGCCUGACCCGGAUGCAUUGAAACAACCACAGAGCAUUAACAAUGAGAAGACGCGGCCCAGCCCGGGCUCCAGCCUGGAAAAAACUGCAGAACCCAAGCUUCCCGUGGCUGACCAACAGGGCCCCACACCUGACUCUGAGCCGGUCAGAGAGGCUGAUGAGCGGUACAGGAAGAACAUCCAGGGUUCUCCGCAGUCAGCUCAGAUCAAACCACAGCAGCCGCCAGUCCCACCGCGCUCAGAGUCUUCACACGCUAAUGGCAACGCCGCAUCUGAGGCGCCCGCAAUGCACCGGCCUGUGGAACCACAGGUCCGUUCCCAUCUGGCUGCUCUCAAGAUCAGCAGCAGCAGCGUGGCCUCGCCAAACUCAUCCGCGUCAACCCCACCCGCCAUGUCCCGGUCGCACUCCUUCACAGAGCCGCUAACACCUAGCUUUGAAAACCACCAGCUGCACAAAAGCCCUGAAUCCCACCAACACCAUCUUCCUCCAUCCUCAUCAUCAUCACCAUCAUUCUUAUCAUCAACGCCUGCCCGCCCAGAGCCACAAGCCCAUCCCCAGUCCAGACCCAUGCCCCAUGAAAAGGUCCCGUCAGAAGACGCUCCACCGAGAGUUCCUGUAAGGACAACAUCAAGGUCUCCGGUGUUGUCGAGGCGAGACUCGCCUCAUCACCACAGCAACGCCCCACAGAACAGGGACGUGCUCCGAAAUGCUGGCAGUUCAGCAGAGCCUCGGCUCCUGUGGGAACGGGUGGAGAAACUGGUUCCCAAAACCAGCGGUAGUAGCGGCAGCGGAGGCUCCAGCUCCUCCAGCAGCUCCAGUAACUCCAGCUCUCAAUGCGGCUCUGGAGAGAGGUUCAGGGCCCGCUCUUCUUCCAAAUCAGAGGGUUCGCCCCUCCAGCGACCAGAGAACGCUGGGAAAAAGCCAGAGGAGAGGAGGGACUUGGUCAGGCCGAACAAACCAGCGGACCUGACGGCUUUGGCCAAGGAGCUGCGUGCAGUGGAUGAUGUCCGUCCCCAGAAUAAGGUGACAGAUUAUUCGUCCUCCAGCGAAGACUCCGACACCACCGAUGAAGAUGACGACGAGGAGGUGGACCAGGAGGCAGGCGAGGAGUCGACAUCGGGUCCGGAGGACACCAAAGCUGUUUCUUCCAAGCUGAGUAACGGAGAGACGGAGUCGGUGAAAACCAUGAUAGUUCACGACGAGGGUGAGAGCGAAGCGGGGACGACUCGGUGCAAAGACAGCACGCUGGUGGUCAGACAGAGUGCAGGUGACAACAAAAAGCGUGUAGCCCCCGCGUCGGGCCAAACGCAGACCCUUAGCCUGCUUGCAGGCUUCCCCCCAAGCCCUGGCUCGGCGUCGGGACAGGGACUCAUCCUCCACACCCCGAGCCCCCCACACCACCACCAUCAUCAUCACCACCACCAUCACCCCACGCAGCACCCUGACAGGAACGGCUUUCCUGGCCGCAUCCAUCACCUCCCAGACCUGAUCCAGCAGAGCCACCAUUCCUCCCCCUCCUCCUCUGCAUCCAACUCCCCUUCCUCCUCCAGCCUCGCCAGUCCCUCCACCAUGUCCCCCCAGAGUCCCCUGGAGAAGCUCGGCAUCCUUAUAGAGAGCCAGUCGAGUAACAACAUGCAGAAACACAAGUCCUCUUCGUCCUUCACGCCGUUCAUCGACCCACGCCUCCUCCAAGUGUCUCCAUCUACCGGCAGCGCCCUCAACAAUGUCGCCCUUCCCUUUGACCUCCUAGGCUACGCAAACGACGCUCGGCUGGCGGAAGCGCUGAGGGCAGAUCCGUCCCGGAAAGGGUCUGUGGUCAACGUCAACCCGGUCAACACCCGCCCUCAGAGCGACACGCCAGAGAUUCGCAAGUACAAGAAGAGGUUUAACUCUGAGAUCCUGUGCGCCGCACUCUGGGGCGUAAACCUGUUGGUGGGAACAGAGAGCGGCCUGAUGCUGUUGGAUCGCAGCGGUCAGGGAAAGGUUUACCCAUUGAUCAACCGGAGGCGCUUCCAGCAGAUGGAUGUCCUCGAGGGACUCAAUGUCCUCGUCACUAUUUCAGGUAAAAAGAACAAGCUGCGUGUGUACUACCUGUCCUGGCUGAGGAACAAGAUCCUUCACAAUGACCCUGAGGUGGAGAAGAAACAGGGUUGGACCACCGUAGGCGAUUUGGAAGGCUGUGUUCACUACAAAGUUGUAAAAUACGAGAGGAUCAAGUUCUUGGUUCUGGCUCUGAAGAACUCUGUGGAAGUCUAUGCCUGGGCACCCAAACCCUACCACAAGUUCAUGGCCUUCAAGUCUUUUGGUGACCUGGUGCACAAGCCCCUGCUGGUCGACCUGACUGUGGAGGAGGGGCAAAGGUUAAAGGUCAUCUAUGGCUCCUGCUCAGGCUUCCACGCUGUGGACGUCGACUCCGGGGCAGUCUAUGACAUCUACCUGCCGACCCACAUUCAGAACAAUAUCCAGUCUCACGCCAUCAUCAUUCUCCCUAACACCGAUGGCAUCGAGCUGCUGGUGUGCUACGAGGACGAGGGCGUUUACGUCAACACCUACGGCCGCAUCACCAAGGACGUGGUGCUGCAGUGGGGGGAGAUGCCCACCUCAGUGGCCUACAUUCGCUCCAACCAGAUCAUGGGUUGGGGGGAGAAGGCCAUAGAGAUCCGCUCAGUGGAGACUGGUCAUUUGGACGGAGUCUUUAUGCAUAAGAGAGCCCAGAGACUCAAGUUCCUCUGUGAAAGAAAUGAUAAGGUGUUCUUCGCCUCUGUCCGGCCCGGAGGCUCCAGCCAGGUCUACUUCAUGACUCUGGGCCGAAGCAACCUUCUCAGCUGGUAGAGGUCCACGGCCUGCCCUCCUUUUUUUCUCCUCCUUCUCCUCAUCCUUCGCAUCGUCCCCCCACCUUCGCUAACACUGGAUCUCAGAACCCACCUCUGAUGUUUCUGUCAAUCCUCGGACAACGAAAAGAGCGACAAACACGACAGCCGACUGGCCCGUCAGAGCGGUCAACGACAGCGACAGCUUCAGCCUCUGGAGCUCGGCCUUCGUCCCGGGGGCUCAACCCCCGCGACGCAGCGACUACCCGAAACAGUCGCUGCCUCUCAGAAAUACCGGAAGAUACGACUUGCUCACCGAAGUAAAUCAAUAGCUUACACGUUAAAAGGAGGUAGAAAAGAACCAACUGUGAAUUCAAGAAAACAGGACAGACAACGUCGCGUUUUCCUCUCAACUGUCUUGGUGCUUGUCAUGUUACAAUGGGAUCGAUGUUGAACUUCUGCUUCGUUUCCGUGCUCCCGACUUGGUCAGUAACAUCGAUGUCUCUUAACUAGGAGUAUUUGCAAACGCUACUAUCACUUCUACUGCUUCUGUUUUCUGCCAGCCUGCCUCUUGUAAGGGAGCUUUUCCACCCUCUGAGUUCAAGGUCAGAGUUUGUCUUAUUUAUGCUACGGCGCUGUAAAUAAAAGUAGGGUUCGGGCCGGAUACGGCCGACGUGCCGCGUUAGGGGGUGAUCCAUCCGGGGGUAAGCUGCGAAACCCUGGAUCCGCGAAAGCAGGUGGGCGAGACCUGGUGUUCAACAGGGGGGCGUGUGGGACGUGCUUUAAAGUAACCGGGAUGAUGGCGAGAGAGAGAAAGGACCGAUCAGGCGGAUGGAUUUCAAAUUAGUAUUUUAUGAAUUCUCAUAGAGGAGGUGUAACAGAGCGGAGUUAAACGUGUCUUUAAGCUUUUAUUUUCCAUUCACGCACAUUCAGCCGCAGGCCACUACUCGCUCGCUUCCUCCUUUUGCGAGGCGUACGUGAAGAAAGCGGCGUGGGUGUGGUCUUACAAAUCAAAUCAAAGCAACUCUCAUCUGUCGACUGGGACAGCCUGAACUCCCCCGUGAGAAACUUGACGUGCUGUGAAAAGCUAUUCCGCGAGAGAAGAAGGCAUCCAUGGACUGACGCUUCAGAAGAGUGUUUAGCAUGUGUACGCGUGUGUGUGUGUGUGUGGUGGGAGAGUUCGAUGUUGUCGGGCGGAUUGAAAUCCCAUGGCAGAGAGGCAAACGCAUGGUUCAGCGAGUGUGUUUCAGGUGCAGGAGGCGGACUUCCUACUUCCAUUUUUCCUUCUUUCGGCUCAGUUCAUCUUCCAUCUCUUAUUAUUUGUAUGUACUCAAUGCACUAAGUGUCCAGAAUGUAGAGAGACUUCUUACUGUGUGGUGGUCCAAGGCAUGAGAUGAUGUUUCGCUUCGUAUCUUUGUCACAAGUGGUCGAUUCUAGGUGUUCAAUUUCAAGUUAAAGUGAAUAAAAGCUGCACCAGCAGAGCCUCUGC